AUGGAGAACUUUAAUACGCUGGAAGAUGAGUUUCUCGAACAAUCACUACAUCAUCAUGAUAAUUUUGAGGAUAUGAUAAAAAAUAAUAUUCAAAUAUAUGAAAAAAGUCCUGUUAUGAAAGUCAGGCUGCUGGACAGUUACAUAUUUGAUAAAUUUGGUGAAAUUUAUGAUACCGAGUUUAUUACUACAGUAUUUCAGCAUGUGAUUGGUGAGGAUGUGCCAAAUAUUGUUGAAGUUCCGAAAGAAAUAGAUUAUCAUUUUUGGAUCGAUAUGAUGGAUCAAGGAAAGCGCUCAAAGAAAAAAUGCUCAACAAGUGGUAUUCUCGACUUUGGCAUGAGCUUGUCAGUAGCAGAGAAUUUUUCAUUUGUUGAAAUCCCAGCAGUUACAAAAAAAUUGGAAAACAUAUUUUGGGAGCAUCAAUAUGCAUACACUUCCUACUAUUCAUCAUUAAUUUUAGACAAAACAGUACCUCAGAAUGAAAUAAAUAAAGAGUUGUAUGAUCUGGAAUAUAUUUUGUCUUCUGAAAGGCCAGACUGCAAAGAGAAAAUAAAGUUAUGUUGUUUUGGAACGCAGAUUCCAUGGAGGAUAGACACUGUCAAUCAAUAUCAUCUAAUAUUUAAUUUAUUUGGGACGCCAAUUCAAUGGUAUAUUGUUGAAGGGUGUAAUAGAGAUUCAUUAAUUAGUUAUUUAAAAAAGCUUGAGCCAAAGGGAUCAGAGACCUGCAAUGCUUUCUAUAUACAUAAGAAGUAUUGUUUUGGUCCGGAUUUUCUUGAAAGAGCCAAUAUUCCUUAUAAAACCAUGGUACAGGAAUCAGGUAAAUUAUUUAUUUCCAAACCUGGAACAUGUUUCUUCGUUUUUCAUUAUGGAUAUUCUAUUGUUAUGGAGAAAACAAUAAAAUGUGAUCAAACCAUUUUUACCGCCCAGCAUGUAUUCCCAGCUUUAUGUACUUGUGGGAAAUUCGAUCAAACUAAUACAGUAUUUGACCAGAUCUUAUCUUCAAAUUCAGACAUAUAUGGACAUUUUAAUGAGAAUUUGAAUCAGCAAUUUCAUAUGUCACAGGACAAUGGAUUGGAACACUAUUGGCUAUCGAGUGAAAAUAAUAAAUAUUGGACUAGCCAAGUGAAGACAUUACUAAAUAAAUCAAGUAAUUCAGAAAACUUUGAAACGAAUUCGCCUGAAACUAGGCUAUGUGUAUCAACACCACCAACAGAUAUGACUAAAUCAUUAACACCUCAUGACAUAAAACUAGCAAAUUCAAUACCAGAGUUCAUAAAAAGACAACUUGAAACAAUGAAACCGAUUUACAAGGAAAAGGUAACAGAUGAUAAAGAAGUCAUAUACUGGUUAGCAUCUGACCUUGACUACUAUCACAACUCUGAAUGUGAAGAUAUGGUACUUUUUUCAACUAAGCCCAAGAGAAAAUGUGUGAAGAGAGGCAAAUAUCCUAACAAAUCUAGAAAACCCUUGAAGUUUAAGAUAAGAUACUUUCAGACAAAAAUUCAAACAAACACAAAAUCUACUUUUCCAGUUGCGAAGAAGCUCAGAUUACUACCUCAACCAUCUGGAUUUUCAUUAUUAGUUCCUGAAGAAACAUUUCUUUCAGAUGAUGAAAGUUCGAAGAACGUGGAAAGCUUGGGACAAAUAUUCAACUCUAAAAUCCGUUAUUCAGAUGGGUUCAAAUAUUUUUAUUGUGAAAUAUGUGAUCAUAACUUCCCGUCAUCUUAUCACUUAAUUAGACAUAGAAACUCAGUUCACUCGGCAGAAAAACCAUAUAACUGUCCUAUCUGUUCUAAAGGGUUCAAAAGAAAGGACCAUGUUAGUCAGCACUUGAAGAAGAAAACUCCCUGUCGACAGAAACAUUAUUCAUUAUCUAUUUAA